CACGUAACAAGAUUUCUCUCUCAACAUAUGGAUAAAAGGCCAACCAAACCAUUCUUCAUCACAAAUAAAACCAUAAAUUACUUUUUUUUCUCCCAAAAAAAAAAAAAAAGACACAGUCGGUGAAUGACUUCAUUGAUCGGGGGGUGGGGGGCUUUCUAGAGUUGAGUAGUUGACUUCUCCCCUUAAAAAUUGUAAAAUCAACCCUCCAAUCACAGCAUAACACACCAACAACAUUAUCCUCUGAUGACGUGCAACCCCAGAUGCAAGAACGACGACGGCGGUGGCGUUGAUCAUUGGAGGAGUCCGACGACGGAGAUGAAGGUGAUGAUAGCUUGCUAAGCAGGCGCGCGAAUCCUCGGGUACUGUAUUAAUUACUAUUCACAUUUUAUAUUGCGACAAUUUUAUCUAUACUACGAUUACAUUCGCUUAAUUAGGUUAUGGGUAUCAAUAUUCGCAUGGAUGAUUAAAGAAAGGCCGUCUAGCUAGUUUAUUGAUUUCAAAAUUCUCUUGGUGAAAUAUUAUCAAUCAAUCCUGGAUUCUCUGGUUUAACGGUCUUAUCAAACUCAAACUGAAAUUUAUCUUCUUAAUUAACUUGUAUAAUUCGUUUGCUUAUUUAGAAUUAUAGUUUAUGGGACCCAUUACCCAUUCCUACUGUUCUUGAUUUCAUUCAAUUUUUUUUUUUAAUAUUACUGAUACUGAAUACACUAAUGAAAAGCUUUUGUAUCUUUGUACUAUCUGUCCUUGGCCUUUUCGUUCUCUUCUACUAUAAAUUUAUGAAUAAACAAAGACACAAAGUGCAGUUGCAAGGUAUUUUGUCUCAUUCAUCCAUGAAAUCAGCCACGAUUUGGACCCUGCAGUUUUUUUUCAACAUCUUUGACAUUCAUUUAACUUGCAUUGUUGUUGCAGACCUACAAACUUGGGACAAUGUCCACCAUUGACCGUGAGAAUUUCAUCACCAACUCCGAAAAUAAGCAAAAUGGAUCAUUCCAUCUAGUAAACCAUUCCAGGGGCAGUGGCAGUUCAUCUCUCAGAAGGCAAUCAGUAGGUUGUUUUGCCGAUCAAAUAGAUGAUGAUGAUGAUGAUGCAGAAUCUGCAUCAGUUUCUGAGGCCGGAGACAUUGGUGACCGUUCCUUCCGGAGCAGCAGAAAAUCUUGGAGCGGCAGAAUCCUCUCCAUUGAUAAAUUGGUGGAAAGCAGUACAGUGAUUCCAAUAUCCGACGAUGCUUCUCAAGGCGCCGUGAGCUUAAAUGAUGCAACAGUGCCUCCCUUGAGCUUAACUCAAUCUGUUGCAUCCCGAAAUGAAAAUAUCCAACCAAAGGAUAACAAAGCAAAUAGGGAAGCAGAAGAUAUAUGGAUUCUAGAGUACAUUUCAUGCCUAAUGGUUCUCGGGUUAUUUGGAAUUCUUGGGGUGAUCACGAGGUACUAUCUUCAGAAACUUUUUGGACCUGGAGUGAUUGGCGCUACAAGUGUUCAUUCUUAUAUGUAUCCUGAUCUUGCCUCUAACAUGGUUGGUUCCUUUUUGAUGGGUUGGUUAGGCGUGGUUUUCAAAGGAAAGAUAUCCAAGUUUUCAAACACUUUGGCUAUUGGCUUGACAACUGGUUAUCUUGGAAGCCUUACCACGUUUAGUGGCUGGAACCAGAGCUUGCUGGAACUCAGCAGCGUUGAAGGCCGAUGGGUUUUUGCAAUACUCAGCAUUGUCGUAGGCCUGCCUCUCAACAUGAUCUCAAUCAUUGUGGGGAUUGACACUGCCAAAAUUUUCCAAUUGCUGAUGAGAAAGAAGUGGGGUAAAAAGCUAAAGUUUUUGAACCCAAAUUGCAGUUGGAAUGUGGAGGGUUACCCUAAAUCUUUGUUAGCUACAUUGGUGCUGCUCUUCCUAUUUAUUAUGGUUUGGUUUAUAUGUAUAACUUUUGAGAUCAAGAAGUUCAGAAGUUCAACUCGUGAUGCUCAGCUUUUGUUGGCUUUCAUUGUUGGACCUUUAGGCGUGUGGAUUCGCUGGUUCCUAGCUCGUUUGAAUGGACGUGGCUUGGGUAAAAAAUCUAGAUUAAAAUGGAUUCCAUUCGGGACUCUUGUGGCAAAUAUUCUUGCUUCUUCAUUAAUGGCUGCUCUUGCACUACUUAAGAAAAUGGUACGAUUCUUUUGUUGCUUCCGUCAUCUUGAUUUCCAUUUCCAGUUAGUUGCUACCUUAGAUAUACAAGUAUUUUGCUACACUGUUAAUCACCAAUGUCACAUUACUUCCACACGUCGUCUCAAUUUUAGAUGGCAUUGUGUGUCUUACGAUCUGUGUUUCACUUAUGCUGUUAUACGCCAAAGUAAAACUGCCAUUUUCACAAUAUUUCCUAGUGGGUGAUUAUUUACAUGUAGUACUGUUGCAAGUGUUGUGAAAACUUUUUAGUAGGGAGGUUACAAUACACAAGUCCGCACAAAGAUGUGAAACUAUACAUACAAUCUAGUUUGAAACAGGUCUGACCUUUUUAAGUUUUUUAAGGUAUAUGUCUCCUCUUUAAGCUAUUAAACCUGACAUCUUCCUCCUCAAUUGCUGAUACUUCGAUCAAUCUGGACGAUGCUGAUUCAGGGAGAAAAUGAUGCAUGCAUUGUAGUAGCAACAGGAAUACAACUAGGAUUUUGCGGUUGUCUAAGUACAGUUUCAACUUUUAUUGCUGAGUUUGAAGCAAUGAGACAGAGCAGUCACCAUUGGAGGGCAUAUGUUUAUGGUUUGGGUACUAUACUUAUCUCCUUUGCCCUGGGAACCCUUAUUUACUCAACACCUGUUUGGAUCAAGGGCUAUAAAUAGAUUUCCCUGGCGGCUACUUCCAAAAGUCAUUUCAACUUCAAGUACCAAGGUUUGGAUUCUUUGAUGUUUGCCUUGGAUAUUUGCAUCCUCAAGUAGGUUAAUAGAGAAGAAAAAUUGCUGAGUUGAUGGACCUUCCAGCUGCUUGAGAAAUACGGUACAUUUUCUUGGAAGAUUUCGUCGGCCAUUUUGGAGUUGUCAUCUAUCUUUUGUAUAUAUAAUUCUACAGUUAACGUGGCUAAAAGAAGAUUUAUCUAUAUAUUUUGCAUUUUGGGGGGAAACAGAAAUGGUUUAAUGUUCUGUGUAGUGUAUGUUGUAAACUUUGUAAUGGUUGGUAGAGUAAGAUUGACAGAAUCAAUGAUUAUUAUUCUCGAGUUAAUGUGACAGAAUCAAAUUCACUCUUAAUUAUUGUGGAUUCUAGUCAAGUAAUCCCUCCGUCCCAUAAUUAUUGUACAGUUUGAGUUUUCAUUUUUAGUUCAAAUUGUACUAAAAGUGAAAUAUUAAAUUGGACAAUAAUUUUGGGACAGAAGGAG